AUGGUCACAGAAGCCGGAAUUAUUGGUAAGAUAGGCCUCAACUCGGAAGGAGUGGGGGUUUGCUUCAACGCGAUACGUGCAAAUGGCGUCGAUAAAAACCGUCUCCCAGUCCACCUUGGGUUAAGAAUGGCACUGGAAAGCAAAACUGCCAAGUUGGCAGCGGAAAUAUUGGAGAGUGUUGGCAUGGCCAGCUCAGCAUAUAUCGUGGUUGGCGAUGCGACAACUGCAAUUGGACUUGAAUUUACGUCUACGACUUUUCUCAGGGUACCAGUGAAUGAGGAUGGCUUCUUGGUUCAUACAAACCAUAUGCUACUUCAACAUGAGAAAAUCUACGAGCCAAAGUGGCUAGAAGAUUCUUAUACACGGUUGCAGACCAUGGGGCGAAAAAUCCUUCAAACAAAGGAGCUGUCUCGAGAGAAUUUUAGCGGUCUCUUCGAAGAUGAAUACGACUUUCCGCAUUCCAUCAGUCGAGCACAGGAGGGAGCUAGCGAUUUUGCAACGCUUUUCAAUAUUGUUAUUGACUUCAAGGAGGGGCUGGCAGUGAAAGGUUCGGAUUUCGCGGAAAUGGCGGCCAAUUCCAGCGCACUUGAAACUGUUGAUGCGGACUAUAAGUCGAGAAGUAUACUCGACUUGAUGGGGUUGAAGGGGAAGGUGACGGUUGUGACAGGGGCUGCUCGUGGAAUCGGCCUAGCUUUGGCUAGAGGAGCGGCUGAAUUGGGUAGUGAUGUUGCCAUACUGGAUACUCUCCCUGAACCUAGCGAGGACACGAAAAGCUGGGAGCAACUCGGCGUUCGGAUAGAAUAUUAUAGGACCGAUGUGACCCAGCUCGACCAGCUGACUGAGGUUUUUAGUAAUAUUAUAGCCGACUUUGGACAUAUUGAUAAUUGCAUCACCGCAGCAGGGGUAGUUCUGGACAAACCAUUCCACGACCACGAAUGGAAUGAAAGCGCGAAGGUAUUGAAUGUCAAUGUCAUGGGAACGUUUUUCUGCGCCCAACUAGCCUCAAAAGCCAUGAAAGAACAGAAUAAAGGAGGCAGUAUCGUCAUGAUUGCUUCAAACGCGGCAAAUGUCGCGAUCCCAUCCCGGAAUAUGUCAAUCUACACAGCCUCAAAAGGGGCGAUUCAAUCUUUGACUAGGGCCUUGGCUGUGGAACUGGCGGAAUAUGGAAUAAGAGUCAAUUCCGUUUCGCCUGGCUUCAUUGCAACAGAGAUGAUCAUGAAGGCAUGCCGGAAGGAUGCAGAACUUUGGAAUGUUUUCAAUUCCAAGCCGCCGCUUGGACGAGUCGACGCAGCGUCUUGUAGCGACAUUCUCAAUGCAUUGGCGCUUGGCCAUCUCCGCGAGCACUGCUCUAGGAACAAUAAACAAUUUCCGUAUGCCUGGUAG